AUGCUGUCAUCCUGCAAGAGCUCCACAGCAGAAAAUGCUUUCCUCCUCCUCUCUGUUGCUCCCCUCCUCUUAUUCUCCCUCCUCAGUCCACCCAGUGUCCACGGGGCGUCACUGAGAGAAUACAGACUGAGGGGCAGUGAGCCAGACCCCCCCAGGGGGACCCCCCUCCAGACUCCUAAUACAGACAUGCUCAAAGCCUUGGAGUACAUUGAGAACCUCCAUCAAAGAACCGGUGCCAGCCCCCGCCAGCAGACUCCUCCAACUUCAGAGUAUGACGCUACAGGUUUCUUGGAUGACACAAAGAAGCUGCGCAACAUGCUAAGGUUAGCUCCCCCGAUCCAGGGUCAGGCAGGGCAAAAUGAGAGAGAAGAGAAGGAGCAGCAGGUGGAGGAGGGGGCAGAGGGUGAGGCAGACGAGGACAACAAGACUCAAGAAUGGGUGCAGGCAGUGCUCCGCACUCUUCAAGAGACAGAUACAGCCUCCAACCCCACACGUACACUCCCCAACACUGCCCAGCUCUCACUGGGUGAGGGCGAUAGACUGGUGAGAGAUGAAAAGGAUGGCGCUUAUCGCUGGGAUCAGAUGCAGCGUGGCACCAGACCUCACAAGAAGUACCCGCCGAUGUUCGAAGAUGAAGAGGACAGCAGCAGAGUGGACGAGGGGGAUGUGGCUGAUGAAGACGAGGAGGAUGAGGAUGAUAUGUUCAGUGUGAGGAACCCGUUGUAUGAGGAUGUCGCUAGAGGACUGGCGGACUGGAGUCCGCUAGCAGAACAGGAUGAAGAUGAGGAGGAGGAAGAGGAGAGAGACAACAAACAUGAGACUGACCGAAGUCUGUAUUUCGGUGAUGACGAAGAGGGAGACGAUUAUGAGGAUGAGCAGGAUGACGGGGAUGAAGAAGAAAACUACCCUGUCAAACGAGCUACCCGGUUCGAUUUGGACCAGCGAGACGAGCCAGAUGACAUCGCGAACCUGGUAGAUUAUUAUCUCCUAAGAGCAAUUAAGGAAACAGAAGAGGAGGAGCAUAAGCGAGCGCUGGAGGAGGAGAAAAAGAGAGCCGAGAGGAGAGUGGCUCAUUUGAAGGACGGCAACGACAUUGACCCACAGGCAAUCUAUCAACUCAUUCAAAUCUCUCAGAAGUUCCAGAUACCGCCAGAAGACCUGAUGGACAUGCUGAAGACUGGGGGAAACACACAGCAAGGCAGAUCCGCACUAAGGAGCCAGACACAACCCCGUAAGAGUAAUGAAUUGACCAGGCUAGAGGACAAUGUCUCUCAUAUAUCCUCCAGCAACAGACACAACAUCCCUGGAGCAAGACUUUACAACAGACCCCUGCCAGAUAGGAGAUCAGGUAGCAUACCAAAGGACAUAACUAAGGAAGAGAUAAUAAACAUCCUCGGAUUGGCAGAUGUGGGAGAUCAGGAGUCAAGUUCCCCCAAGAAACAAAAGCAGCGUAAAACUUCCCGUUUACCACUUGAUACGCAGUUUGGGAGGCAAGAGGACUACGUUCGCCGGCAAAAAACAAUUCCCGACAAAUUACAGGACGACUACGAUGACGUGGGCGACGAGGAUGAAUUGGCAGAAUAUCUAGCGGCUCAGAUUCUGGCGCGGUACCCCGACACAGUUUAUGACAAGGCAGGGCCAAAGAGAGCCUCCGGGCCCGCAUCAGCAGACGAAGGGGAACAGACCGUUUUAGGACAAGCGGUACAGGACUACUUUGACCAAAUGGACUCAAAUAAAAGCCCACAUCAAAAGAGACAGUCCCAGACCGAUGACGAUGUGGACGAAGAGGCGUUGAUGAAGAUUAUGAGCUACCUUAACCCAGAAACCGAAGAGAGUGAUGAUAGCGACGCCAAACCUGAGAAGUAG